UCUGAUUGUGAGUGAUCCUUUAAGUCAAACCAGAGAUAAAAGAGGACAGAUUUAUAACUGUGCAGUCACAGCAGGAACCUGCUCAUCACUGAACAUUGAUGUUCCUUCAGAAGUUGUCAACAUGUCUCUUGGACUUUCCAUGGUUCAAGAUCCACAAUCUUCAAAGGUGGUGGUUUGUGGUCCAACCAUUCCAAAGAAAUGUGUAGCAGCUACCAACUACAGAGGCAUGUGCUUUAUCCAAGAAAACAAUGAGUUUAAACCACUAAUUCCGAGCCCUAAAUAUCGAGACUGUCUUGGUCAGAUUGACAUAGCUUUUCUAUUAGAUGGAUCUGGGAGUGUAGGAAAUUCAAAUUUUGGGAUCAUGAAGACUUUUGUGACAAAUGUGAUCAAACGUUUUACUGAGCGGGAUGGACAGUUUGCUAUUGCUCAGUACUCAAGAGGUUGUACUAUUCACUACAAUUUCAUUCAACUCAAAAUUGAAGACCCCAUGUGGGAGUCUAAGGUAACAGAUAUACAGUACUUCAGCGGUGGCACUCACACUGCAGCAGCCAUCCAAAAACUUGUGAAUGAGCUAUUUACAUCAGCUGGAGGGGCAAGACCAUUAGCCAAAAAAAUCUUGCUUGUUAUUACUGAUGGAGAGUCACAAGACUGGAGCUUAUUGCCAGAUGCAGUAUCACAGGCAGAGGCAAAGAACAUAGUACGAUUCGCAAUCGGGGUUGGCAAUGCUUUUAAUAAUUUCAGAGCAAAAGAGGAGUUAAAUACAAUUGCUUCUGAUCCAGAUAUUGAUCAUGUGUUUAAAGUGACAGACUUUAAUGCACUAAAUAAUAUUCUUCAAAAACUGGAAGAGAACAUUAUUGGCAUUGAAGGAACUCAGACUUCAGGUGAUUCCUCUAGAAUGGAGUUUGCACAGGAGGGAUUCAGCACAGCCUUCACAUCAUAUGGAAGUGUGUUGGUGAGUGCUGUUGGAGCUUUCCAGUGGAAAGGUGGUUACCAGGAAUAUGUUCCAAGUAGCUCCUUUCAAACAGGCAAUAAGCAUGAAAGCUAUCUAGGUUAUUCGAUGGCUGUUGCAACAGUUUCAGGGAUCAGCUAUGCUAUUCUUGGAGCACCAAGAUACGAGCAUCAAGGACAAGUCAUUGUAUCACAAAUAGGAGCCAAUCAACAUAAAGUGCUGGAGUUUCCCACGCCUCAAAUUGGCUCAUAUUUUGGAGCUGAGGUUUGUGUGGUGGAUUUGAAUAGGGACUCCAGAACAGACCUCCUGUUGGUAUCGGCACCAAUGUACAUGGAGCCUGACCGGGAGGGCAAAGUGUUUGUUUACACCUUUACGAGUCAG